CCCCGCACUAAGGUCAUCUAAUUUCUCUAAUUUGUACACAAUGGCAUUUCGUCUAUCUAGACGGCCAUCUAGGCAGUACAUUGCCUUUGCACUACUGUGCAUCGCUUUGUUUUUUUUUGUGUCCUUAAAUCUAGGCAAGCCAUCAACUACUGCUUAUACGCCACCCACCCGGCCUAUCGUUGUUGAAGAAGAUAUCACUGUAGAAUAUGUUAAACCAGAAGAUCACGAACUCUUGGAAGACAUCAGAAUUGACACCAGUCGAGAAGAAGAGACAGCUGAAAAUCAGAGAAAACUCAUUGAUCGGAAGUACUGUGGGCGUGAUAACUGCCGUUUCCUCCUUCCCAUAACUAUUACUGAACAAGAAUCGAAGGCGCAAAUGCACUUUCGCCAACUUGCCUUCCUUUCCGGCCGUCUGGACCGUACCAUUGUACUUCCAAAUGUGCAUAGUUCGCAUCUGGGCGUAUGUCGGAGACUGCCAUUCAGUUUCUACUAUUCUUACGAAUGGCUGGAUAAUAACAAAAGGUUUUUCAACUACAUCAGUUUGGAAGAUUUUAAGGAAUGGGCUAGAGAACGUGCUCAAAUUGCCAUCAAGCCUACUGCACAGGAACUCUAUGUUGAAGUCAAUGAAAAUUUCCACUUCUUGGAUGGUGUACAAAAUUGUAUGCAGCAUUACAUGAAUUUCGAAGGCAGAACCACCAAGCGUUUCGUCUUGGAAGAUCCAGAGAGAUCUGACCGACGCCAAGGAAAUUACUCACAGAUUCUUCAGACAGCUAUGUCAGAUCAUUCCCUCAACGACGGUUAUGCUAAUGGUAAAGUAACGGAUAUUCCUUCCUUGGAUGUCAUCAAUUUGUACUAUGAUCGAAGAUUCCCAUACAUUGAAGACCUAGAGGUUCAGGAACCACUCAAAUACAGCUCUACCUGGGUGAACAUUGCUAAAGGCAUUGCCGAUAGUCUAACACCUUUUGUGGCCAUCCAUUGGCGUAUGGAACGACUUGAGACUCUCGAAAACCUAGUGUACUGUGCAAAGGAUUUAGUGUCGCAGAUUCAGAAGUUGGUUGCAGACAAUGGCAUGACUCAAUAUCCACCUCUGUUUUUGCUGACUGAUUACCCUCAUCUGUUAACUUAUGCCGAACUCCCAGAAAAGAACUGGAACAUUGUUCCUGUUCCAGCCAAUUCUCAGCCCGCCGAUGCUAGCGUUUUGGGAAUUGUCGAUAAAUUAGUGGCCAUGAGAGCUCAAUGGUUCCUGGCCGGAAAACCUGGUGUUUGUGCUAAGGCUAGCAGCUUCACUCUUCGAAUUAUGGAAGAACGUAGAAAGCAAAAGGAUCUACAGGAUGCUGGACAAAGCUUGCCAGGCGAUGCCGACAUUCAAAGUGUCGCCAAGUUUUUCACCAACGAAGAGGUUUAGAUGGUUUCACUUCAUGCUACCACUCAAAAUACCGGAAUGCAUUCUAUUCAUCCUAAUGCUGUAGUAACUCACCAUCAUAUUCUCAUUUUCUGGAUUGGACUGCUAAUACCACAUCCCCUUGAAAAACACACUC